AUGCUUACAGCUGAUGGUGGUGUCUUUCUAGUUCAUGAUGUUUCCCCGAGUCCAGCAACUUGUACUUCCAUUGGUGGCAUUACUGCUACUCAGGUCUUGCCAGGCGAUAUCUCAGCUGAGAAAGGCUCGUUGAACCUCGAAGCACUCCAAAAGAUGAAGACCAAAGAUUACGAACUUCAACCCAUCUUGGAAGCGCAGGUCGCAAUUGCAGAAAAGCGAGGAGUUGAAGUUCCGUUUGCCGAAAUUGCAUCUAUUGCCAUCGGAGGCAUCGUAGCGGGUACAGACACAACGGGAAUUGCCAUUCCGGUGGACUUGUGGUCCAUUUUCAGCAACGAGAGUAUCCAAAAGCGCUUACACAAUGAAUUGAUAUCUGUUUGGUCCGAUGAAGAGAGACACCCAAGCCUCCAGAGCCUAGAGGCGCUAUUGUACCUCCCAGCAUGGGUGUUGGAGUAUCUCCGGUAUGCCUCUCCCAUAGCUCCUGAACCCGGUUUUGAAAUCGGAGAGCACUACCUCCCCCCAUUCACCCGAGUUUCAUCCUCCUCUUAUCUGGUCCAUUUCGACUAG